GGUCCAGGCAGGAAAGGGCGGAGUCAACUUGAUUUGAUAUGGAGCCUUGGUUCCUGGGCUUAGGCCUGCUUCGGCCCCGACACCAGGCCUCAGCUCCGUAGCAAAGGACUGAGAUGACACAGGUAACUGUAGCCUGCCGCAAUAGCUGACUGCAUUGCCUUUGCGGCCAGAGUCCUGCAGUGUUUUCUGAAGCUCAGUCUGCGAUCAAACCAGAUGCCUAGCCAGCGCGUAGCACUGCUAGCAGGGGGAGGUGUGACAAUAUGCAAGCCUUGGGGGGUGUGCAUGGAGCAUGUGGGGUUAGAAAGGUUGGACCCACGGGUGAAGUGUUGCAGUUCUGUCUUGUUGAAGUCAAAGUUUUCCUCUAAGGAAGGGGAGGCCACAAGUUGGCAAAUAUCAUCAGCAUACCCAAAGCGGCCGCGUCGGGUGCGAAAUGAGCCCUGUUUGAAAAUGGGUUCAAUGAAUAGCAUGAAGAGGAUCGGGGAGAUAGGGGAGCCCUGUGGAAGACCUGCUGGAACCUGGAAUGUCCGGCUUGUAUGGUUCCCUAAGCGGAGACUGGCUGUUCGACCUUGGGUAAAGCUAGCUACCCAUCGGAUCACAUUGAUAGGCCAUCCCUGUUCCUGGAGCUGUUGGAUCAGUCGUCCACGCAGGACAGCAUCAAAAGCGCCUUGCACGUCCAAUGUCAGCAUGGAGGCUUUCAGCCCUCGUGACCAUGCCUCCUCAACAUCAUGGAUCAAAGCUGCGGCUAGGUCCGUAGCAGAACGCAGUGGGAGAGCUCCGAAUUGCUGAGGGUGGAGGACUUUGUAUUUGAUAGCAAUCCAUGCUAUUCUGCGGGCUAUUAGGCGCUCGAGGCCUUUUCCCUAAACUGACAGGAGAGAGAUUAGUCUGUAAGCUCGGGGGGAGCUCCGGUCUCUCUUUCCUGGUUUUGAACGCAGCCAGCAAGGGGACCGAAACGACUAUUGACGACCUUCGUACGAUCCCCUUACAUGA